UGUACUUUGUUUCGACAUAUCUCGAGAGAUAUAUUUCAAGGAUGUAAAUAUAGCGCUGCCACCGGCUGAAAUCUUCCAAAUAUUAUAAAACGAUAUAAAGUUUCAUAAUGAACAGUAAAGAUGAAAAAUAUCCCAUGGUAAACAAUAAAUAUUAAAAACAAGGACCGUCGUUAAAACGGCAUGCUUUCGAACACAGCAUUUCCACCAGGGAACAGGGAUGGAAACGCGCAGUUACCAGUAAUCGAGGUAAAAAUCAGCUGGGCCAGCGAAUCUGUGUCAGACUGGGGGAUCUAAACUAGCACGAGGCUUUACCGAAUAUUCAGUAUUCGGCCGUCCUCCUCGCUAGGUGGUAGUGCGGUGCUCUACAGUUUGCAGCACCGCAAUACCGCGCGUGUUACCGUCUAUCUAGUCUACUUCCUAUUUUCAUCCGGCAACGCGUCACAUUGUACAACAUUAUUCUUAAUUUUUUAUUCAAAUCAAUUACGCUGCGGGAUCAUUGGACACUUCGAAUAUAUAUGUAUAUAUAUACGUACGUGCAUGCGCUCGCGCGCACUUGUGUAUAUAAGUCGACAUACAUACAACGCGAUAUUGCAAAUUAGUAUACGAUUAAAAUUCAUUCUUCAACGUGAUAGAGAAGCAACGAAUUAAAUUACAAUAACGAAAUGGUAAAUAACUAAGUGAAUAAAUCGUGACUGAAUACAAGCGAAUGAAAAUGAAAUCAAUGAAAUUGCAAAACGACCAUAUGAUAAUCGCGACGUCGUUUGACAAAAUACUUUUCGCGUAAGUGAUUAAUAAGAUGUGGAAAAAAUGUAACAAUGACCGUUCGAUAGUUUUAAAUAGCCGAAAACAACUGAGUAUCAUACCAGAACAGUACUCCUUUUGGUCAUGACGUUUGAAUUUUUUCCCGCGCGAUAACCGAUCAAACAGUAAACCGAAAAAUUUAUUCGUUUCGAUCUUACGCCCAACCAUUAUAUGUGUUAGAAUCCAAAAGCGAACCAAAAAAGAAAGACAACUUCGCAAGCUGUAUGACCUCAAGGCGAUAUAUAAUAUCUAUCGUGGAUGAUCGGUAUUAUACUUCGUACACCACGUUGUGUUCGCGGUAGAAAUAUUUAUAAUAACUUUUAAUAAAUGGAAAAAGUGUGGACAUCAAAAUGGUGUAUGUCUAACAUCCAUUAUCGAUAACCGUGAGGAGAAAGAAACUGUAAAAAAAUUGUUAUUUAGCGUUAGAAUAGUGAACGUAAAAGUACGCGUGUAGUUGGAGAACGUCGUAUAAGACGAAAAACUGGGCAAAAUGUUCAAUCUAUAUCAAAAUUUGAACAAAAAGGACGAAGAUCACAAAGAGUCGGAGGUGACCGGACACGAUAGAUUCUGGCAGGAACGUCCGAGAACGCGUCGAAAGCGUCGUGCCGUUAAUCGAAGGACUCAGAGCGCCAUCGAAUUUGAUUCCGAGACUAUAGUUUCCGCUCGAGGCACUCUACGUCGUGGAAGAAGCGCGAGCAUCGAAGAUGAAGAUAGCGACGAAGAAAAGAGUUACCAAUUGACCAACAAAAUCGACAAUCUAGCUAAAAUACUAUUUAGUCGCGUAUCCGCUGCUCGAGGUUGCAAGGAUUCCGAUGUCAGAGAGAGAUGGCUGCUCGCUAAUAACGCGACCGAUCCAGUUUGUAGUGGUUGGUGUGUACAUCUAAUCUGUUAUUGGUAUCGCUCAAGGAAUCGUUCAUUGGAACAAGAAGUUAUUCAUAAGCGAAAUUAUAAUUUUUCGGCUAAAUUGGAAGAUGAUAUCACUGAUUGGAAUGGAAGGCAUAACUACACGGCGUUGGAUCAUGGACCAUCCGUUUGCGAAAAUGUUGGCGAGUACAUGGAAAUGGAAAAAAGAUCGAGGGACCGUGCCUUAUCAAUUUGUCAGGCCUAUAUCCGUAGAACACCGCGUUACAGUCUCGUGAAGCAGCUGAAUAAUCUCGGCUCUAGAAUGGACAAACAUUGGUUCAUAGUAAGAGAUACUUCUUUAAAAACCGAUCGACUGAUUACGUUAGCUUCGUUAAAUAGAAACUGCUCACUGAGCAUAACUCCACUGACAAAGAACGUUUUGAACGACUUGUUCUUAGCCUUGCAACAUCCGUAUAUAUGCCCUAUAUUCGAUAUCGAUUUCCUUGAAUUGGAAAAUCAAAACUACGUGAUCGUAGUUCAACCGAUCAGUCAAGGCAGCCUGAAAGAUUUGAUAUACGGGAUCGAAAGAACGGGUUGGAACGAAGACUGGAAUCAGAAGUACGGUUCUCGCGGUAAAGGACUUCCUUUACCUCAGGUUCAACAAAUGGGACGUCAAGUGCUAGAGGCGUUGACUUUUUUGAAAGAAAGAGGAUUUCCAACGGUAAUCCAUUUACAUUCGGGAAAUGUGCUCGUUCAAAAUGGUGUCGCACGUCUCGCCGGCCUAGAAAACACGCUCCUCGGUUUCACCAGCCGAAUACAUCCAUUAAUCGCUUCUCGUGUUUCGCAAAAUAUUUCGAUUGACAUGAUAUGUUUCGGUCAUAUGUUGUUUGAGAUGUGCGCUGGGUACGAAUUACCAUCGUUUAAACCAAAUUCCACGCAUCUGUCGGACGUUGAAAUAUAUCCACAAGUCGUAGAGUUACUCCAGUUCAUAUUUGGUGAAUCAUCUAAUCGUCAGAAGAUUAUUGAGGAGCUUCUUGUACAUGAUUUAUUCAGAAAUAUUGAUCUUCGUGAAAUGCGAAGUGCUCCUGUUACGAUAUUUCGUCCAACAUUAACACCGCCCGUAGUAAAUUUACUCGACGGUAUUAAACGACAAAACGCCAAUAAAAGGCAAAGGUCGCGCUCUAUAAGCGACGUGUAUUUGACACGCAAAUUUUGGUAAUGACACGAAGGAUCCGAUUAAUCCAUCUAAUUCUUUAAAAAUCUUCAUAAUAGAAUGUAACUUUUAUCUUUUUCAUAUUGCAGAACCACACAGUUGGAUAUCGUCGAUGAAGAUACGUCUCUGCAUAGAUCACAUACCGUUUGCAAGAAUUCUUUACUCGAUGAGAUUUAUAACGAGCUUUCAAACACGGCUGUAUAAUUGUGGGAACAAAAUUUGUUUCAUCGCGAUUUUACCUUUAAUAUAUUCGUACGUUUCUCUA